UUGGUCUCAUCUCUGUGAAUAUGUUUUAUUUGUUGAUGCUGAAAAGAAAAAGCAUUUCAUCUAAAUUCUACAAAAUAUUACAUUUAAACAUUAAUUAAACAAACACUUAACCUUCGAUUGGAGUUACUAUCAUAGUGAUAACAAUAAUAAAUAAGGUGUUGAUUGUAAUAACUACAAAAUUUCAUGUUUAUUGGUUAUAUUUUUGGUAUAAUUUAGUGACAAAAAUGAUUCGCCGGCCAAAGCCUGGUGAAGAUGAAGAAGAUAUUCUCCGCAUGCAGCAAGAGUUUCUUAAAGACAAAACCUUUCAACCCGCCGCCCAAGUCGUUAACUUACGAAGAACAGAGCAUCAAACUACCAAAAGGUCCAUACCGUCGACUUCAGAUUCUCGCAAACCUUCUAAAUAUGCUCAGUCUAAGGGCCUUAAAGAAAAACGGCCGCGAAUGGAUAAAAGAGUAGGCUCUGUUCUGGGUGCCAUUUUAGAAAAGAAUGUUUUAGAAGAACAAGAUCUCUCCGAACCUGAAAAUGACAAAAAGUUAACAGAAGAAAUUGAGCCAACCGAACUCGAUGAUGACAAGGUAUAUUACCCAAAAGUUAUACCUUCAAUACUUGGCAAUAUAGUGGAAAAAAGUUAUGACGACAAUUUCAAUUUAGAUUUUAAGGUAAUGACAUCGAAAGGAUUCCCUCCAGUAACCAAACGUGAUCCCAAUAUUAAACCUGGUGUUAAGAGUAUUUUUGCACAACAUAUUGAGAAACUAAACAAACAGAAGGAAAAUUGUAUGGAUAUUGACACUGCUCAGCCAUCAAGCUCUUCACAAGUUACUAAAGAGGAACUCAAAUGCCUAAAUAUUCCAUCAAAAAGCUUUAUUUUGUCCAGUAAAGAAGCAGACAACAUACACAAAGAAAACCUUAAAAUAUUAAUAGAAAUGUCUGAACAAGAUAUUUUGCAAGAACAACAAAAAUUACUUUCCAGUUUAGAUCCUAAAUUAAUUGAUUUCAUUAGAGCUAAAAGAAGGGAAACUAUUUCACGAAACACUACUUGUAAUUUGAAAGUUGAAAAUAUACAGGCAAAUAAUAAUGAAAUGAGUGUUGCAGAACAAGUAGACAAAAAUGACAUUAAAGAAAAUUAUCUCUGGGAUAAUGAUGUUCUCUCUCACCCUCAACUCAACAAAUGGCUACAUUUUGAAAAUCUUGAAAAAGACAAACUAGAAUGGAUUAAAGGUAUUGAAGAUAGAAAGGUUAAAGCAGAUGAACCUUAUGAAGCAAGGUUUGAUUUCACUGGCUAUCUGCUCCCAUACACUGUGGAGUAUACAGAGAAAACAAAAACAUUAUUCCACCAUGGAGAGGACCCACACAGGCCUGGGUACUCUAUCACUGAAUUGAUUGAACUGACCAGAUCAACGGUAACCCAACAAAGAGUCAUGGCUCUCAACACUAUAGCUGGAAUUCUGGAAUAUUAUAUUGCUGGGAUAUACAAAGGUGUAAUAGAAAUACCAUUGAGUAAGAUAUUCUUCAUCAUAAGGAUAGCUUUAGAUGAAAAUAAACUCAUAUUGCUAGAACCCGCCCUGAGAGCUAUGAGAAAUUUACUAUUCAACAGAAUAGAUGAAGCAUGCCUGGAUGCUUUACUGGGAUUUGAAGAAGGCAGCUUCCAGCCGUGCCUCAAAAAUGAUAAAUCGGAAAUUGAAGAGAUGGACUCCAAAGAAACAGAGUUGAAUGAUUUUCAUUUAGCUGAAAUAGAUCUUAUAUCAGCUGUAUUGAGAACAGAUAUUUUGCAGAGACUCUUUUACAUCUUGGACACUGUGAAGCCGAGUUACAACUGUGUGCAGUAUUCAAUGCAAAUUCUGACUAGACUGUCUAGAGACUCAAUGGAAACUGCAAAUUUGAUAGUCCAAACCAGUCAUCUAAUGAAAACGAUCAUAGCGAAUUUUAUUCCAAGUGUGAGUGUUAACUUUGCUUUUGAUCCUACAUCUGUGUACAAUGGAAAACCUGUUCUGGCAGCACUGAAGUUGAUGAGAAUCCUGUCCCUACAGUCUAAGGAAAUGGGCGAAAUGUUAAUAUCCAAGUAUGAUUUAUUAAAACCAAUAUCAGUUUAUAUAAGUUCUGGAGUAGAUGGUACAUAUGGAUUGAGACUACAGAUAGAAGCUUUCUGUAUACUAUCCAAUUUGCUUAGUCAUGGUCUGGGUACAGACCACGCCUUGUCAUUAUGUCCCUUGAUAGUUACCACACUUUACAAGCAUGUGCACGGGACUGAUGUUUUUGUCAAGUCUUCAGUAUUAUCGGCCACUCACGCUGCUGUGGUACUGCAGUUUGUCAAUAAGCUACUUAACUGUAAUAUGCUCAAUUUAGAUAUUUACAAACAUCAAAUCUACCCUCUUUUGAAAGAUGGAGUACAGAAAUGGCUGAUGCAAACAGCUUGUCUUGAUAACUAUACUUGUGGUCAUUUAAGACUACUAUGUGCAGCCUUGGAUUGCUGCAAAACUGUUUUUAUAAAUGAAAAAGUUACACUGAAGUUCUUAAAUGAGACCUUAACAAAAUUUGCAUUAUCAAAAGGAUUUGAAAUUAUUCUGAAUAAUAUAUUGCCGAGCUCAAAUCUACUGUCUGGAAUUGGAGACGAAGAAAUAAUUUGUAAUAAAAACCUUGUAAGUCUUGGAGCAGCAAUUGUUAAUACAACACAGAAAGUUCUACCAAUCCUGAAUAUAACUUCUCCCAUACCACUUCUAGUGUCAUUGUUCAAGUUACUAAACAUUGUUGAUGAUAAAGAAAUAGCAACACUUUUUAUCAAUAAAGUUUUAAGCUAUUUACAACAACUAUCCAAGAAACAUUUAAGUCUCAAUAAUAACUGGUUUACAAGAAUGGAAGUUGAAUUUGUAUUUACCAUUGUUAAAUUAUCAAUCCAAAGUGAUAUAUCGGAAUCCAUAAAAGAUAUUAUUUAUGUGAUAGCUAGUAAACUUUGUUACAUAUUGAGAAUGGACAAACAGUAUGAAUUGCAGUAUAUUUUUAAUAAUGUAAUUUUUAAUAAGGAAUGGUUUACAGCUGAAAGAUUGUUUAACUUAAUCUCAUUGACCGACGCAGGUGGGCCCACUGCCCUAACCAAUGUAGAAGAGAUAAAACAAUGUUACAGUAAAGUUGUGAACAUAAACCAAAUGGAAUUGAAUGGUAACAUUGUAUUAAAAAAGUGGCAGGAGCCUGUUUUACCAAGAGAUUGGAUAUAUUUGCCAAUUGUCUCUUUGUACAGCAGCAAUCAAGAAUUGAAGAUUGUUUCUGAUGAUGCUAGUAAAAGAGCUCAACAGCAAGAAGCUGAGAAGGAGAUGAUCAUAAGAUGCAGUUUAGAAUGGAUUUUAUUCAAUGAAAUUAUUUUCCCAGACCUUUUAAGUGAUAUAGAAGUUACUGAUAGGUUUUGCAGAAUUAUGUGUGUCUUUCUGUGCGACAGUUCAUUAUUUUUGGAUAAUAACAUCAAUAAUUUACUGAGGAAGUGUAUGCAAGUGCUCUAUAAAAAUUGUCAGAAGUUUAAUUUUGAUAAUCAAUUGACAGGUCUCAGUAAUUUCCAAGAUUUCUACACACAGAUUUUGGAGCAGUUUCAGUCUGUAAGCUAUGGUGAUCAUGUGUUUGCUUCGUGUGUGUUGGUCCCUUUAGCUCAGAAACAUAAUGUAAAAUGGCGUAAGCUCCUAUGGUCAGAGUAUGCUGGCUGUUUAAGAGCUCUUGAUUGUCCAGAAAGCUACUUGUGCUAUAAUUUAGAUGAAUAUUACUAUCCAGAAGAGACAGAUGAGUCUCUUUUGAAGUCAUACGCCAGAGCCCUAUCAAGUAAUUUACUAAGGCCUGAUACAAUUGUUUAUAAAAUAGCGCAGCAUCAUAUAGAGAGUUAUAAAAAGCGCAAAUCUGUUGCAUAGUAGGUGUACUUUUAAGAAUUAAAGUGGUUGUCUAUUAAACU